AAUUAAUCACUCCACUUAUAUACUAUAUUUCCUAUCAUAUUUUCAUUUUACAUCGCCUGCACCAACUUCUAUAGGAGCAAUGGUCUCUCGUUGGCAUCAGUACAAUCUUUAAAGAUGCCGAUCACGGCUCUUCCCCCGACCACCGUCCGGGCGAUUGGCUCAACAUCUGUAAUAUCGGACCCGUGCUCUGUUGUGAAGGAGCUGUUAGACAAUUCCUUAGAUGCUUCUGCAACUUCUAUAAGCAUUGAGAUAUCUUCGAACGCAAUUGACAUGAUUCAAGUAAAAGAUAACGGACAUGGAAUCCCUUCCGGUGACCAUGCUUUAGUUUGCAAGCGCACUUUUACUAGCAAGAUCCAAACCGUUGAAGAUCUUCGGACCCUUGGAGGGAAGUCUCUAGGAUUUAGAGGGGAAGCUCUUGCUAGCGCUGCCGAAGUAUCAGGUGGCGUGACUAUCACCACUCGGGUUGAGGAAGAGAUGGUUGGCACCUCCAUGAAGUAUGGAAGGAAUGGGGAGCUUAUCAGCUCUCAGCGUGCAUCGCAUCCUGUGGGCACGACAGUCCGUAUAACUAAUCUUUUCAGGCACAUUCCUGUUCGAAGACAAUCUGCUUCAAAAAGUGCCAUGAAGACUUUAACGCGAAUCAAAAAGCUUAUACAGAUAUAUGCUAUGGCACAACCUUCAAAACGACUUUCAUUAAAGGUUCUAAAGGCUAAAAAUGAAAACAAUAAUUGGAUCUACGCUCCUGGACGGGACGCAACUGUCACAGACGCGGCAUUGAAGAUUGCCGGCACUGAUGCCAGUUCCAGUUGCGUCUUGAAGAAAUGGCCAUCUAAAGACGAUGUAAACUCCGAGCAGCCCCAAGAGGAGCAUACCUCCGGGUUUGUACUCCUCGCCUUACUACUGAAUCUCGACACCGAUUGCACAAAGGUGAGCAACGCUGGCCAGUACCUAACUAUCGACGGCAGGCCUAUAUCCAGCUCUCGGGGCAUAGGGCAAGAUAUUUCCAAAUUAUACAAAUCUUAUCUUCGUUCGGCUUUUUCCCGCAGUGAGGACAGUCCGUCCAUAACUGAUCCGUUCCUCUGUUUACAUGUUCAAUGCCCUCAAGGAAGUUAUGACGUUAAUAUAGAGCCGGCAAAAGAUGAUGUUCUAUUCGAAGAUUCCCAAUGGCUACUUUCGCUUGUGGAGGACCUCUUUCAGAGUGUGUACGGCGAAAAUGAGCCUCAUCACAAGAAGCGACCGACCUCCACAAAAGAGAAGGGCACUUUGUCUGAUAAAGAUUCAUUUGACCUGCUUUUGAAUCGAAGAAGCCCAUCUCAAGACUCGCUAUCUGCGGAUGCGAACUCGGGAUCUUAUACGGCUCGCUUUGCUACAGCUCGCUCGGUUACUCAGUCAGCGGAGCCUCCGCCUUCUUCGCACGUUAGGAAUGGCCAGUGCUCAGCCUCUUCUCAGACGAGCCGAGUAUCAGGUAUCGACAGCCGCAGAGGGACUACGGACCGUGAGUUCUUGAACCCUUGGUCUAUAACAAGAUGCAACACUCCAUUUCGCAAAUCCGGUGAAAGUCAGACACGAAAUACAACAGUCCAUCGGUCACCCAUAAAUGACCACAUACACAUAUCUAAAGAAGGACGCAGGGGGUCACAAGAAACGCCGCGACGGCACUCAGCCGGCUCCUUUCUACCCAGCCCAACCACAUCAACUCCGUCAGCGUCGAGCUCUCCGUCAGAUUCGCGAUCCUUUCAGACGGGCCAGGUGUCACCCACAAGUCGUGGUUGCGAGGAGGCCACAAGGGCUUCAAGGCAACGAGCCAGGGAAAAGUAUGGUAACGGAGCUCUGGACACCUGGUUCGGGAAGACUACUCAAGUAGCAUUCACCCGGAUAGCUACUGAGGGGCCAUUGGAUGACGAUCAGGAAGAACCUCCAUUGAGUCAACUAGCACAUGAACGCUUUUGUUCUGAAGAGCAGUCUUCGCCUGAGUCAUCCGAAAUCGCAAGCCGCACAAUGCCCAUUAGGCGGGGCUCCGCUACCAGCGCCCUCGAGAGCUCGGCUUUCUCGAGUACUCAACCCCAAAAUCGCAUCUCUAGGAUAUCGCCACAGUGUCCAGCUUCAGAAGUAGGAGAACGGCGUCAAGAAUUUCCUGUUCUGGAACAGUGGUCUUCCAGACUGCACAGCCUUGCUAAGGACAGCCCAAAAUCAGAUUUGGAGACCGCUCUUGAUUUCGAGCAUCGAAAGAAAGAAGCCAUCCAGCAACGACGGGAGAUUAUCAAGGGUCACUCCAAACCACCUGCUUCGAUUAACUCGCCGCAUUUGAGCAGGUACCUUGCUGCGCGUGCUGCUCUGCGUCCCGAAUUCAACGAGUCUACUCAUAAGUUAAAUACACUAACUUCCGCAAAGGUUACGACAAGACCAAUCUUAAACCCUCAUGACCCACGAUCCUACCUCAUACGACAUCAGGACACAAGCGCACAGGAUGAAGGACCGAGGGAUAACAAGGUUCGGCGUAUUAACACGAACAAAUUACCAUUCGAAAAAAUACCAGAAGGCUAUGAAUUGCACAACAUAGGAAUCAGUCUAUCAGCUACACUCCCAGUCCUUUCAACAUUAUCAAAAGAAUUAUUUAAGAGCGAUUUAUAUACCCAAUGUGGAGAGCAGAUUGAAGCAUUUUCCGCUUGUGAUCUACAACCUGAUCUCGUUCUAUGGACGUCUAGAUUGUCCGCCUUGGUCAAAAGCAAGUACAAGGCAAAAGAGGGAUCUAGAGAUCCUACUCCUCGAUUUGACUUUUCUUCCUUGACCGAGACUAGUAAUGGUCAUAAUUAAUGCAUCUUAUUCAUGUGUUUGUGCAUCGAAGCAGCACAAUUUGACAACUUUCUAACCCCAUGUCAUGGCGACUUCAAAGUGAGGUGGCGAUGCGUGUGUAUGUUUAUGUUCCUGUUUACUUUGGCGCGAGUUCUCGGAUAUUCCAAGAAAGUGGGUGACAUUAAACCAAGAAUCGAUCUGGU